CACACAGAUUCUUUUUAAGAUCGCACUGCCUGCCAGGUCAUAAAAACAGGCUAGCAGUGUUGCAGUCAGUGCCUCCGGUUUCAGACCUGAAGCCCCAGUCCAACUUGCACGACCUAUUAGCAAGAAAAGCAGCCAGUUAAUGGAUGGCCAAACUGCUGACAGACCAUGUGAUUUUACCUCUGCGGAGCCCCCCCCCCCCACCUCCCCAUCUGGGCCCUGCCGUUGGACUACAAGGCUGAGUGCACAUGGCAGAGGAGGAACAGGCUGAGUAGGUUUCCAUGGAGUCUGGUUAUCCAUGUGUGUGACGCUGGAGUUGCAGGCUCCACCUGUCCUCCCAUGUUGGCAUAUUUCUAGUCAUCGCCAACGAUCUGCAACAGCACGAGGUCAUGUCAUCUGAGUGCUGGGUGGAGCCCUGCAGCGAGGGCCUGGCAGAGGAGACUGGACAGGAGAACCAACAAGAGGAAGAAGCACAGAAGGAGGAAGUGGAGGUUCCCUGUCGGGUCAACCAACCCGCAGGAAGCCGGAGGCAGGAGGAGGAGCCAGGAGGAGCACAGCGGCCUUCGUCACCUGACCAUAGUGGCAUGCAGGAAGUGACAUCAGGAGGUGGACUGGAGCAGAUCCAGAGGGAGGGGACACGGACUCGAGAAAAGAGAGAAAGGCUUUCACCCAUGACUGUCAAACAGGAAAACCGGAAUAGAGGCUCAGGUGCCUGCCUGGUGGAGCGAUGCCUCCGGAAGACCUUCCCCGGGGAUUUGUCACCUUGCCCCCUCCCAGACAGAGACAGGGAGCGGCAGGCAGGAGAGCCCCGGGGGUCUGGGCCUUUCUACUUCUUUGGAGGAGCCAAUGGGGCUGAAAUAGUGAGCAGCUACUGUGAGAGCAGGGGAUGGAAGAGGAUUUACAACAAGCACAGGGAGGACUUUAAACUGAAGUGGUGUGAGACCAAAUCGCCAGCCAACUACCGUAACUUCAGAGAAGGUGAACAGUUGUUAUACCAGAUUCCCAACAACAAGGUCCUCACCACUAAGAUCGGCCUCCUCAGCAGCCUGCGGGAGUACGAGCGAGUCUGCAGCAGAGUCAACCAUGGGCGAGGACUGAGGAGGCUGAAAAUGGAAGAGUUCAUUCCCACUACCUUCCGCAUGGAUGUGAGGGAAGAGAGGGAGGCUUUCUUUGCCCAGCAGGAGGGUGUGAGUAACAAUGAGAGUCAAAUGUGGAUCUGUAAGCCGACGGGUCUGAACCAGGGCAGAGGGAUCUUUCUGCUGAAGUGUCAGGAGGAAGUCGCUGCCUUCAGACUGAAGCUGCAGCACAUGGAGGACAGAGGAGCCAGCAGCCAGAUGCACCACCACCAGCCUCAGGCUCGCAUUGUCCAACAUUACAUCCAGCGUCCGCUGCUCCUGAAGGGGAAGAAGUUUGACGUGCGCUCGUACCUCCUGGUCGCCUGCACUGCACCUUACAUGGUCUUCUUUUGCCAUGGAUACGUGCGACUGACCUGUGACCUCUACGACCCCAGCUCCAAAAACCUCUCCGCCCACCUGACCAAUCAGUACAUGCAGAAGAAGAACCCUCUGUACAGCCAGCUGAAGGAGGACACUGUGUGGUCCAUGGAGAGCUUCAACACAUACGUCAACGACAGGUUUCGGGUUGCCAAGGGUCUGCCCAGGGACUGGGUGCUGGGCACCUUUGCAAGGCGCAUGCAGCAGAUCAUGACGCAGUGCUUCUUUGCAGUCAAAUCCAAGUUAGACCGCCGACUGGGCUUCUUUGACCUGAUUGGCUGCGACUUCAUGGUUGACGAGGACUUCAAGGUGUGGCUGUUGGAGAUGAACUGUAAUCCAGCUCUCCAUACAAACUGUGAAGUGCUGAAGGAGGUCAUACCCAGAACUGUUGUGGAGGCGCUGGAUUUAACUCUCGAGAUCUUCAACAAGUGCCGUCUCAGGCAGAGGAUUCUCCCUUUGGCCAGCCAGAGGGAGUUUGUGCUGCUGUACAACGGAGUUUAUCCUCCUGAUUUAGCGCUGGCCUGCAGCAGGAGCAACACGAGCGCUGAACUCAACCAGAAAAGCCCCAAAAAGACACAAAAGACUGAACCCAGAAGAUGCAAGUCAGGGAUCGAGGGUAGAACUGUGCCGUCAGCUUCCCCCGAUAUUUCUGUGAAUGUCUCAGGGAGCUGCGAAGGACGGGGUGGCACAAAGUCCAUCCACUGUCCCACCGCCUCACCUCUCCAACCAAUCUCUCCGUCAGUACAGACUGUCAGGAAUAAGAACCCCAGGCCUCGGGUCGAACUCAAGCUGAGCAAAUGUACAUUGCGUCAUCAUUUGAAUGUUUCAGGUGACGGGGGGCACUCUGAGACUCAGCAGAAGACGAGGAUCAUCAUGUCGCUGUCAUCGCCUGCGCUGAGUGAGGGGAUCUCCGUCCAUGAGUCCUCUGAGACAAUGACACGACUGCCUCCUCAUGCACCACUUCCUUUGUGUCAGAGCAAGCAAAGAGCAGAGGAUCUCAGUGAGGAAGCGCUCAAAGAAGAUACAAAGAGUGUAGUUUCUGAGACGAAAGAAGAAUUGUGAUGCUUUAUGUGCAAAACAACUGUGAUCUUGAGAGCUUUGUCUGAAAAAAAUUCCACGCUUUGGACUCAUAAUGCUGUUUUACUCCUAAAGAAAUGAUAAUAAAUGUUGAAUGUGACCAUGA